AGAACCUGAUUUGGCUCAAGGAAUGGGGCCCAGAGGGGAGGUACAAGAGCAGUCUGGUACAGUAUACUGUCUUAUCACACUUACCGACCACGUGUAUUAGGAACCAUGUUCUGUCAGGAUUGUGGCAAGAAGUCUGUUGAGUGCAUCUGUUCCCGUUCACGGAGUCGGGGGAAGGAUAAGGAGGACCCACCAGCAGCGCCCCCAGCUUGGUGGGCCGGCGCCGAAAGCAGCCUGUUGGAGAAGCAGGAGGAGAGGCUGAAGGUCAUGCGUGAUCCUAUCAAAAAGGACGUGAACGUUUUGAAGGAUGACGUCACGGGCAUCAACGAGGCACAGAAGAAGCUGGAGGAAAGGGUGGGGAUAAUCGAAGGAGGUCAGAGUUCAGGCCCUUGGCAAGCAUCCUUUGUGGAAGUCAUGGGGUUGUGCAAAUGGGAGGAGAAGGACACGAAAGGGAUGACCAGGAAGGAGGCCUCCGACUUGAUAUCGGAACUGAAGGCCCAGCUCGAGCCAGGACUACGUGAACAUGUACGGGAAAUGCACCUACGGGGGCCCCGUAAUUACUCCAUCAAGGUCCCCAUCACGCCGGCCUUCCUUCAGGAGAUCCGCGGCUGUUGGAACGAGUACCUGACGAACGCGGGGAAGGUGUGGAACAUCGCGGACUGCGUUCUGUAUGUUCGAGCCGAGCGACCCCCCGAAAUCCAAGCGCAGUAUUCCAAGCUCGGCUUGGUCAAGGACUGGGCGAAGGCGAACAUCGACGCGUCCAUCGAGCAGAACGUAGGUUGGCAUCCAGAUUUCAAGGUGGAGGUGACCUCGACUGGGAUGGAGAGCGGUAUUCUUUGCGAAGUGCAUGUUGGGGAGCAUGUCUCUUGGCACGAGGACGGUCUUCGUAUCUGUGGCCUGUCAGAGAAGGCCGCCAAGGACGGAGUGAAGCACAUCCGGAGGAGGGGAGGCAAUAAAAAACAUUAGGGGUGCCCGCCGCUGCAUGCGAGCAGUGAGGGGGGCUCCUGCCCAGUGAUUUCUUUCAACGUUCACAAAAAACCACACAGUGAGAUUCCUCGGAUAUCUCGGAGUCUGCGUCGCGUGUGCUCUGGAGAGUGUAU